GUGGAUCCCAGAGAGAGCCCCAGACUGAAGGGAAGAUGGAUGGAUGGAGAAUGCCUCGCUGGGGACUGCUGCUGCUGCUCUGGGGCUCCUGUGCCUCCGGUCUCGCCGCAGACACGGCCCCCUUCAGACGGAUCUUCCUCAAGAAAAUGCCCUCAGUCCGGGAGAACCUGAAGGAGCGAGGUGUGGACAUGGCCAGGCUUGGUGCCGAGUGGAGCCAGCUUGCCAAGGGUCUCUCCAUCGGCAACACCACCUCCCCUGUGGUCCUCACCAACUACCUGGAUACCCAGUACUACGGUGAGAUUGGCAUUGGCACCCCACCCCAGACCUUCAAAGUCAUCUUUGACACGGGUUCAGCCAACCUCUGGGUGCCCUCUACCAAGUGCAGUCCUCUCUACACUGCCUGUGGAAUUCACAGGCUCUACGACUCCUCGGAAUCUUCCAGCUACAUGGAGAAUGGGACAGAAUUCAUCAUCUACUACGGAUCAGGAAGGGUCAAAGGCUUUCUAAGCCAAGACAUGGUAACUGUGGGCGGAAUCACGGUAGCACAGAUGUUUGGAGAGAUCACGGAGCUACCCGCAAUGCCCUUCAUGCUGGCUAAGUUUGAUGGCAUUCUGGGCAUGGGCUUCCCCGAACAGGCCGUCGGCGGAGUCACCCCUGUCUUUGACCACAUCCUCUCCCAGGGAGUGCUAAAAGAAGACGUCUUCUCUGUCUACUACAGUAGGAAUUCCCACUUGCUGGGAGGAGAGCUUGUGCUGGGAGGCAGUGACCCCCAGUACUACGAAGGGAGUUUCCACUACGUGAGCGUCACCAAGACGGACUCCUGGCAGAUCAAAAUGAAGGGGGUGUCUGUGAGGUCGGCCACCUUGCUCUGCGAGGAAGGCUGCAAGGCAGUGGUGGACACUGGCGCAUCCUACAUCUCAGGCCCCAUCAGCUCUGUGAGGCUGCUUGUAGAGGCCUUGGGAGCCAAGGAACAGAGCAUAGAUGAAUAUGUCGUGAACUGUAACCAGGUGCCUUUACUCCCCGACAUAUCCUUCCAUCUGGGAGGCAGAGCCUACACUCUCACCAGUGCGGACUACGUGUCACAGGACUCUUAUGGGAAUGAUGACCUAUGUAUCCUGGCCCUUCAUGGCCUGGACAUCCCACCGCCCACUGGUCCCACCUGGGUCCUGGGAGCCAGCUUCAUCCGAAAGUUCUACACGGAGUUUGAUCGGCAUAAUAAUCGCAUUGGCUUCGCCUUGGCCCGCUGAGGCCCGCUGCUGCCUAGGCAGGCCCUGCCCUCAGCCCUAUCCCAGAGCAGGAGCACUUUCUGGGAUCUCUCUGCCUGGGCUUGUGCCCUCACAUGGGGACAAUGGGCAUGGAGCUCCUGCUGGACCCUUGCCUGCCCCACACACCAGCCCCUCCCUGCUUUGAGGACAAACAAAAUAAAGACUUCA